AGUUUACUUUGCCCUUUGCGGGAGAUGGGAUUCAGCCUCCGCAAACCCACUGAGACGCGACCCGGGACGGGGGAGGAAACUCCGUGAGCGCUGAAAUCUUGCUGGAUUUGGGAUUAUCUGCGGGACAUGGACGAGCUGCUGUAGCGCAGUUUUGGAGGAUUUUCCCCGGUUUGUGCGCCUUGCAGCGGAGCGGACCUUUCACUGCGACUCCCGGCGGCUCCGAGAGGAAACCAUAUCUGGUCAAAGUAUUCGUUGCUGUCACCCAGCGGGACCGGCCGGCUAUAAAUAGCGCUGGAGGAGCUCCUGUUUUCCUUCAUUUGGAGAAAACUUUAUUGGCUAUUUCAAGGCCCUUUGCAAGUCCUCACACAGAAGUCCUGCAGAGAGAAAGAGCUAUUUCGCUUUGCCAGCAGCACUGAGGGCACUUGGCUGCCUUUGCUGUUAUUUUACCCCUAAGCUGGGGGUCACUGAGGUUGAAUUUUCUUCUUAGAAGACCGUCGAGACUCCUGAUCACCUGCAUUUCGUUUCUCAUCUGGAGGGGAUAUUGAGGCGUUCUGUCCACAAUGUCGGUGAUGAGGAAGGAGAUGGAGAAGUACAGGGACAUAGACGAGGACGAGCUGCUGAAGAAACUCUCAGAAGAAGAGCUGCAGCGGUUAGAGGAUGAAUUAGAGGAGCUGGACCCUGAUAAUGCGUUGUUGCCUGCUGGGAUGCGGCAGAAGGACCAGACCAAGAAAGCACCAACAGGAACAUUUCAGAGAGACAACCUCCUGGCACAUUUGGAGAAACAGGCCAAAGAGCAUCCUGACAGAGAAGACCUGGUGCCCUUCACUGGGGAGAAGAGAGGAAAAGCCUUUGUGCCUAAAAAGAUGGUGGACCCCAUCAUAGAGAGUGUGACUCUAGAACCGGAGCUUGAAGAAGCCCUGGCUAGUGCUACUGAUGCUGAGCUCUGUGAUAUUGCUGCCAUCUUGGGCAUGCACACCCUGAUGAGUAACCAGCAGUACUACGAAGCCCUCGCCAGCAGCACUAUAGUCAACAAGCAAGGCCUCAACAGUGUGAUCCAGUGCACCCAGUAUAAACCAGUCCCCGAUGAGGAACCCAACUCUACUGAUGUAGAGGAAACUCUGAGGAGAAUGCAGAGGAAUGAUCCCGACCUGGUGGAGGUCAACCUUAAUAACAUCAGGAACAUCCCCAUCCCGACUCUGAAAGCGUACGCUGAGGCUCUGAUGAAGAACACUGUGGUGGAGAGGUUCAGUAUCGUAGGAACCAGAAGCAGUGACCCUGUAGCAUUUGCUCUGGCAGAGAUGUUGAAGGUGAACACGACGCUGAAGAGUCUGAACAUUGAGUCCAACUUCAUAACGGGGACUGGAAUCCUUUCCGUCCUCGAGGCGCUGCAGAAAAACACCACACUACUGGAGCUCAAGAUAGACAAUCAGAGCCAACCGUUAGGCAACAAAGUGGAGAUGGAGAUCGCCAGCAUGCUGGAGAAAAACACCACAUUAUUGAAGUUUGGAUAUCAUUUCACCCAGCAGGGCCCACGUCUCCGAGGCUCCAACGCCAUGAUGAACAACAAUGACCUGGCCCGAGUGGUCAGGUCAGAGUCCGACGGCUCGUUCACCCUCACUCUAUCUGUCCCUGAGCUGGAGAGGGCCUUCGGGAAAAAGUUCAAGUCCAAGACUAAUAAGAAAGAGAAGGCUUGAGGGAGGACCCAUCUUCCCCAAGUGUCGGACAAAUGUGUAGAAACCAGGGCUACCUUCAGCUCCUUGUUCACCUUCAACUCCUGCCAUCCAUCACUCCCUUCAGCCCAGAUCACCGUCCUCCACAUCAGGUUUAAUUGUUUCAGUUAAAGAGACAUUUUCUGAACUUUUUUUUUAAUUAUUAUUAUUAUUAUUACAGACUUUUGUUCAAUAGAUAUUAAAGGAUCCCAUUGGAUUACUCGGCAGCAUCUUCCUGAGCUCUGUGAGUGACAAUAGCACUAGAACUAUGCAUCUUCACAAGAACUGUACCUCUCUGUAAUAGAAAAAAAACAGGAUAUGCCUUCUUAGCCAUAUUGAAUCUUUUAAUAUCUUAUCAAUCUAGAAUCCCCAAUAAAGGGGCUGAAGGUCUGGUUUGGAAUGUGGGCCCAUUUGAAAGGUGAUGGGUAACUUUUAGCAACCCCUGAUUCUGCUGAAUUGAAUGGAUUCUAAUUAUUAUUAUUAUUAUUAUUAUUAUUAUUAUUAUUAUUAUUAUUAUUGUGCUGUAAAUGAGUUGUGCUGUCAUUACUGCUGGCCCCAGCAGUUCUGUUGGUACAAGGUAUUUUCUACCAAGCCAAAGUCCCUUUUGAAUUUCAAAACCUAUAAGCAAAAAUACUAUAAUAUCAGAUUUCAACAAAGUCAUAGAAAACUGAUGUUAUAUUCUUUUCCGUAUCAGUCUAAAAAGAGUCAUUUAGUGACUCAAUCGGAUACUAAGCUACACACAUUCUUCCGUAAUUGACAGAUAGGAUAUAUAGCAGGCUACUGUGAGAUUUAUUACCAUAUACAGAAUAUAUUUAUUUGACAGACCUGGAAAAGAGUCUGAAGCCAUUCAAAUAACUACUGUGCUGGAUUGUGUAACAACCAGUGUAAAAAUGUUAGAGAAACUUGCACUGUUACAUUAUCCAGCAAUUACCAAUUAUUAACAGCCUUUACCUGCCAGCCAGGAAGGCACCUGUCAUUUUUUUUCCUCCUAAACUGAAAAUAAAUAUUCAACAAAUCCACUGUAAAAUAUUGUCGGAACACUGCACUGUUAUGUAGAAGUAAUCGCCUACAAUCAGACUGCAAUAAUACCCCAAACAACCUGCAAGUAUUUGAAGAGAUUUUAUGUUACACUUUCAACCAGGUCUGGUUUGUUGAAUCUUUGUUUUUUUUUUUUUUUGUUUGUAUUUACUGGAGCUAAAAUGUGUGUUUUUAUUAUCAAGUGGUUGCUACUGUUGAUUUAUUGUUUAAUACAUUAACACCUCAAUCCAAGUUUGGAGUUUUUCAGUAGUGGAUGUUGGAUUUAAAAACAGAAAACUUCUAAGGUCUUUACAUUCGGCAGAUGAAAUGGAACCACUUUAUUUACAUGAAGAAAUUUUAAGGGAAUAUUUACACGUUGAAAUGUUUCUUAAAUAUGUUUAACUGCAACGAGAAUUAACACAAAACCUCAACAUCUGAAAUAAUCCUGUAGGAGUUUACAAUGUAAAUGUACUUCCCAUUAGGCAAAACUCCAAACUCUGCAAAUCAACAACGCAAUGACGGCUAAGAAGGGUUAGCAGUCAUCUAACCAGGCACUAGAACAGGUAAAGCUCCAGUAAAAAUCACAGGAAAUGGCGUGUUAGUUUAUAUUAGCUCAACAUGAAAUUACCUGCUUUAAGAAACAUCCAUGUUUCCUUGAAUAACUGUGCCUGAUAUUGGCACUCAGAGAUGCAAAAAGGGGGUUUGACAGCAUGUUUAAGGGUUAUUUAACCCAUUUAAUGUUAUUUCAUAUCACUGGUUUGUUACAGUGUCGUCUGUGCUGUGGCUGGUGUUGUACAGAUGAUAAUUGUUGAAUAUGUGUAACUGAAAGCUAAAGGUGAAAGGUGCCACUCACAGUCUGUGUGGCUCCUGUUCUUUUCUUCAGCCUGGUGUUCUCUGAUAUUGUAGUGCUUGACUCUGUGUUUUGUUAGAUAGCUCACCUGUUUUGGUUGAUUUUUUUUUUUGUUUAUGAAUUAAAUAAAGCUUGAAGAUAAUAUUUUCCAA